CUUAGCUGAUAUCGCCAAAAUGUAUCGACAAAUUGUGCUGCAUCCGGAUGAUCGACGAUUGGUUCGCAUUUUCUUCCGUUUCUCACCGCAAUCGCCGAUUGAAUUGUACGAGCUGAAUACUGUGACAUAUGGUUUGUCUCCAUCAUCGUUCUUGGCCACUCGUACAUUGCUGCAGCUUGCGGAAGAUGAAGGUGCUGACUUUCCACUAGCUUCACCCGCACUGAGACACAAUUUUUAUGUAGACGACUUCAUUGGCGGAGCAAACAGCGUGAGUGAAGCUCGCGAGCUUCGUCAGCAACUUUCCGAGUUACUCUCCAAGGGCGGGUUUGAACUCCGGAAGUGGACAUCCAACUGUUUAGGCGUACUAAGUGGUUUACCAGCAGAGCAUAUCGGUACACAGUCAUCACUGAAGUUUGUGCCGAACGAGACUGUGAAGGCACUUGGUAUCGCAUGGAAGCCCGAACUAGAUGUUUUGUGCUUUGAGUCAACUGCAAUAAUGGAAACCGCCAACCUCACCAUGCGAUCCAUAUUGUCAAAUAUUGCUCGAAUGUUUGAUCCACUUGGAUUGAUCGCUCCAGUCAUCAUACGCGCGAAACUGCUAAUGCAGGAGUUGUGGCUGCAGAAAAUCGGAUGGGACGAUCCGGUCCCUGUACACAUCUGUAACAAAUGGAAAUCGGUUACUGACGACUGGAAGGAUUUGGAAAGCUUCAAAAGGGAACGGUAUGUGCUCUUACCUAACUCUAAAAUACAGUUCCAUACAUUUGCAGACGCUUCAGAAGUAGCUUAUGGUGCCUGCAUUUAUGCGCGCUGUGAGGACCAGCAGGGACGAGUACGAGUCAGCCUGCUCGCGUCGAAAUCGCGUGUAGCUCCACUAAAACGAGUGACAUUACCAAGAUUGGAGCUCUGCGCGGCCGUGUUAGGAGCACAUCUUCAUCAUCGUGUUAGACGCGCUAUGGGAAUCGACACAACCGAAUCGUUUUUCUGGUCGGAUUUGACGGUAACGCUAAACUGGAUAGCGUCUCCACCCAUCACCUGGAAAACAUUCGUGGCGAAUCGUGUUGCUGAGAUCCAGAACUAUUCGCACCCUCGUCAAUGGAAACACAUUCCCGGUUCAUCGAAUCCCUUCGAUCUGGUGUCUCGAGGGAUGUCAGCAGCUGAAAUGCUAAAAGGAUCGAUUUGGAGCUGUGGUCCUGAAUGGUUGGCGCUAUCCCCCUCCAAAUGGCCAAUGUCAAAUCCAUCACUGACUGCUGAAACGGAUAUGGAAAUUCGUCAGACACGUACACUACAGUCAUCACAAGUAACCUCAGCAGCAUUACCGAUCACCCCUGAGGCUAUAGAAGCAGCUAAAAUCGUGCUUUGUAAACUGGCACAAGAGCACGAGUUUUCAUCAGAGAUCCAACUGCUGAAAAAGGGAGAAAUGGUACGAAAACAAUCACCUCUACGGCGAUUGAAUCCGUUUCUCGACAACGAUGGAAUAUUACGAGUAGGAGGCCGCUUGAAACUUGCACAGCUACCGUACCAGUUCAAGCAUCCCAUCCUGCUUCCCAAAAACCAUCAGCUGGCUCAUCUCAUCGCGGUGCACAUACAUGAGAAGCUGAUUCAUGGCGGGGGAAGACUACUACUUUCCCGGAUACGUGAGGAAUAUUGGCCACUCGAUGGACGUCGGCUAGUAAAAAACGUAGUGAGGAAUUGCUUUCGUUGCAUUCGCCAGGAUCCGCAGCUGACACAACAACAAACUGGUCAACUCCCGUAUGAACGCAUCACCCCGAGCCGGCCGUUUUCCAUAACUGGAGUGGAUUAUGCCGGCCCGCUGUAUCUGAAACCCGCACACAAGAGAGCCGCUGCCGCUAAAUGCUACUUGUGUGUGUUUGUGUGUUUUUCAACGAAGGCAGUGCAUUUGGAGCUGGUGGGCGAUCUCUCCACGGCAGGCUUCUUGGCCGCAUUACAUCGCUUCACAUCCCGGCGAGGAUUACCAUCGGACAUAUACUCCGAUAACGGAAAAAACUUUGAAGGUGCGGUACACGAACUUAAUGAAUUGUUUGAUAUGUUACAGAACGAACAGCAACAAAACGUCAUCGCAUCCAACUGUUCGGACAGGGGCAUAACUUGGCACUUUACCCCACCUAAGGCCCCACAUUUUGGUGGAUUGUGGGAAGCAGCGGUUAAGACGGCCAAACGACAUCUCUACAGGCAGCUAGGCAGUUCGAGGCUGUCUUACGAGGGAUACAGCACCAUUCUGCAGCAAAUAGAAGCGGCAAUGAACUCGCGUCCUUUGUUGCCAAUGACGGAUGACCCCAACGAUUUGGCAGCGCUUACGCCGGCGCACUUCCCGAUCGGUUCUUCUAUGCAUGCUGUCCCGGUUCCCGACUACACACGACUGAAACCAUACACGUUAGACGAAUUGCAGAGCUGGCAAUUGCUUGUGCAACGCUUUUGGAAGCAUUGGACAACCGAAUAUCUGCAGGAAAUGCAGAAGGAUAAUAAGGUAGUGAAUCGUAGCGAAAUAGUACCUGGCAGACUGGUCAUCCUUGCGGACGAUUCGCUCCCUAUCACCCGAUGGCCACUUGCUCGCAUCAUCGAUGUACACCCAGGAGAAGAUCAGCUUACGCGUGUAGUGAAGUUGAAAACGGCAAAAGGAAUAGUUACGCGUCCAGUAGCUAAAAUUUGCUUGUUGCCUGUUGCGAAGCCUUCCGAUUAGCAGCACGUGUAGUUUGUUUUUUGUUUAUGACAUUCUGUCAUGGGGGGGAGUAUGUUGACGCUUCACUUGGAUGUCAAAUGAUAACUUGACGAAAGUGAGUUUCGUCAAGUGAGAAUGAGCACGGUAGGAAAUGAUGAGUAGCGGGUGAGUUGCCACUCGCGUGAGUGGCAAUCAUAGAAAAAUUAUAAAUAGGGCAACAUAAUGAAUACACUUUCUCUUGCACUUUGGAAAUUCAA